CGAGGGACCCAUAGGCGUUGGAGCCGGCGGCGGCCCCCUCCGAACUACGUUGCCCUGGAGCGCCGCGAGGGGGCGUGGUCCCAGGAGGUUAUAAAUGGCGGCGCGGGCGGCGCGGGCCGGCAGCGCUCGGCUCCGUGCGGCCCCCGCUCCAUGGCGUCGGGGGAGGCCGGCGGGGGCCCCCCGGGGCUGGAGGCGCUGAAGCUCCGGGCGUCCGAAUGCAUCGAGGCGGCGGCCGAGCGGCUGGGGGCGCUGAGCCGGGAGAUCUGGGCCGCGCCUGAGCUGGCCUACGAGGAGCACGGCGCCCACCGGGCCCUCACCCGCUUCUUCGGGCGGGAGGCGCCGGACGCCCCCUGGGCCGUGCGGCCGCACUACCUGCUGGACACCGCCUUCCGGGCCGAAUGGGCGGCGCCGGCCCCGGGUCGGGAGCCCCUGCGGCUGGGCUUCCUCUGCGAGUACGACGCGCUGCCGGGCCUCGGUCACGCCUGCGGACACAACCUCAUCGCCGAGGUCGGGGCGGCCGCCGCCCUGGGGCUGAGGGGGGCCCUGGAGACGCUGCGCGAGGCCGCCCCGCCCGUCCAGAUAAUUGUUCUGGGAACACCUGCAGAAGAAGAUGGAGGUGGCAAAAUUGACUUAAUUGAAGCUGGUGCUUUUAAUCACCUCGAUGUGGUGUUUAUGGCCCAUCCAUCCCAAGAGAAUGCAGCUUAUCUGCCCGAUGUGGCAGAACAUGAUGUGACUGUGAAAUACCAUGGCAAAACUUCUCAUGCUGCAGCUUAUCCAUGGGAAGGAGUAAAUGCACUAGAUGCCGCUGUCCUGGCCUACAACAAUCUGUCAGUUUUAAGGCAGCAAAUGAAACCCACUUGGAGAGUUCAUGGUAUAAUAAAAGAUGGUGGUGUGAAACCAAAUAUCAUUCCUUCUCAUGCUGAAUUAGUCUACUAUUUGCGUGCUCCAUCGAUGAAGGAACUAUCAACUUUGACCAAAAAAGCAGAAGACUGUUUCAGAGCUGCAGCUCUGGCCACGGGGUGCUCUGUUGAAUUGAUAGGAGGAGCACAUGACUAUUACAACGUGCUUCCCAACAGGAGUCUGGCCAAGGCAUAUGUGGAGAAUGGAGAGAAGCAGGGGAUUGAAUUUAUCUCCGAUGAUUCCGUCCUGAAUGGCUUGUCAGGUUCCACUGAUUUUGGAAAUGUCACUUUUGUGGUUCCUGGAAUCCAUCCCUAUUUUUACAUCGGUUCCGACGCACUUAAUCACACUGAGGAGUACACGGUGGCUGCAGGGUCACAGGAAGCUCAGUUCUACACUUUGCGAACAGCGAAGACUCUGGCAAUGACAGCCUUGGAUGUAAUUUUCAAACCAGGUCUUCUGGAAAGGGUCAGGGAGGACUUCAAGCUUCAACUCCAAAAGGAAGAGUUUCUCAAUGCGACGCGGGAAGACACCCCGGCUGUGGCCUAGCCAAUCUGCACUCGGUUGGAUUAUGGAGACUUCUGGCUUUCUUGGAAAUCUGAAGAAGCAUGCAAAAUUUAAGUUCAUGAGGCAUUUGUGCGUGUGCAACUGGAAAAAUGGAAUGCAAAGCCUUUCCCCAACAUCCUGAUGAUGAGGCUGCUAUUGUACAAAACUGUUCCUUUUGAUGUUUGUUCUGCACACCAAGUUCUUCCAUCUAUAAACCAACUGUUUUAUAACUAGCCAAGAGGAUUGUUACAAGCAAAUUCUUGUGUAAUAAAUGCCUGUUUGACAUUUAGUCCUUUGUAAGGCUAAAUGGGGGAAGAUCUUCUGAGGAGACGUUUGAACUUUGAUGGGGUAGAGCCUCUGCUACCACAGUCUUCACUUGUGGUUGAGUUGAACAUGGGUUGAUUGGCUAUGAUCAGAUGAAACAAACAAUCUGUCUCUGUGGGUGAAUCAAAAGUGCCUGUUCUCACCAGUUUGUAGUUUUGUGCAAUAUUAUAAAUCAGUGUGCUGGACAGAAUAUGUGAAAGAGCACUUAAAGUAUAAUUUUCUUGUAAGAAUAAAUGUGCUUAUUAAAGACCCUUGGCCUCUUA